AUGUCCGUACUAGUAACAGGAGCAACUGGCUUCAUUGCCCUACACCUUGUUAAAGACCUAUUGAAUGAAAACUACAAGGUCAUCGGCACCGUCAGAUCGAUUGAAAAAGGCGACAACCUGAAGGCUCAAUUUGACAACAAUCCUUUGCUAACCACUGUGGUGGUCAAGGAUAUUGCUGCUGUCAGUGCCUUCGAUGAGGUCUUCGAACAGCACAAGGAACAGAUAAAAAUAGUAUUGCACACUGCAUCACCAUUCCAUUUCAAGACCACCGAUUACGAAAAAGACUUGCUUAUCCCGGCCAUCCAUGGCACCAAGAGCAUCUUGGAGUCUAUCAAGAAAUACGGUGCCCAGACCGUCGAGAGAGUGGUAAUCACCUCUUCGAUCGCUGCUGUAAAGGAUACCGCCAGAUUUGCAGAGGCAGAUUUCGUUUACAACGAAGAUGCAUGGAAUCCCGUCACUUGGGAAGGAAGCACUGUCAAUGCCCCAGACGCUUACAGAGGAUCCAAGAAAUUUGCAGAAAAAGCUGCAUGGGACUUCUUGGAAGAAAACAGAGACGUUGUUAAAUUUCAACUGACCACUGUCUGCCCAUCUUUGAUCUUCGGACCGCAAGCAUUCGCCGCGAGCGCCGCAGGCCAACUGAACACAUCUUCCGAGGUUAUCAACUCGUUUUUGCAUGCAGGCCCAGAAGCGGACCUCUCCGGCUUGAAAAAUGAUUUCGUCGACGUCCGCGACGUAUCCAAGGCCCAUUUAAUCGCUUUCCAGUCUAAAUCUGCUACUGGACAAAGAUUAGGGGUGAAUUCUGGUCAAUUCAACAGCAAGGAUCUGUCUGAAAUCUUGUCUCAAAAUUUCCCACAACUGAAGGGCAAGCUACCCAAGACUACUGAUGAGGGUGCAAACAAAACGGAACCAUACGCAAAAUUCGAUACCUCCAAGACUAAGAAAAUCCUUGGUUUCGAGUUCAUCAACCUUGAAAAGUCUGUGUGUGACACGGCUAAGCAGAUUCUGGACGCCGAGAAGAGCUUGUGA